AGGUCUGUGUAUGUUUCACUGCUCUACGAUGUGAAUGCGAAAGUGGCAUUUUGUUCAGUAUUUUGACUUUUUUAAACUGAGCAAUGGCGUGGAAAAGCAAAGGUUCCCCCCUUCCUCCGGCCUCACUGAAUCUCCUCGUCCCGCCGGUGAGGCUAAUGUCUGCCUUCAUGUGGAGAGUGGUGGAGCAGCACAGUGUGAUGCAGUACGGGAAGCUGGCGGACUUCAUCAGUCUGGCGGCAGAGAUCGUCCCGGAGCUGCUGAGUCCAAGUCAGAGAGCCGAGCUCAUCCUGGGCCUCAGAGCAAGGCUGGUUCUGGAGCUGUGUCGUGGUGAUGGUGUCGCCAACCUGCAGACCAUUCAGAGCCACCUGGAUAAGAUCCACACCUGCAGCGCUGAACUGAGCUCCAUUGAUCAGAUGGCCAGUGGCGAUAUACUGAAGACUUCUUACACCAACUUUGCCAGCCUGGUUCAAAACCUUUUGAAUGUUCCUUUAGAAAAGGAGAUCUUCUUCCAGGAAGGUUUCCCUGCAAACUACGGUUCUAACUACGACCAAAGACUGCAGCAGCUGGUGACUGAGUUCCUGUCCCGGCUGGAGCAGCUACUGCCCGUACCAGACCUGCAACAGACAGCAGCAUGGCUCACUGAAAUGACAUCUGUGUCAGAGGAAUUUGGACUGCAUCUGUCUGAACCCUUUGCCCUGAAGACUCUGCUGCUUCAGCACAGACAGAUGGGGACUCUGAACUCAGCUCCUUCUAGCAGCGAGGAAGAUAUGCUUUUGUCCACUCUGGCCCUUCCUGCUCAAACAGGAGUGGAGAGGCUCACUGAUCCUUACAGUGAGGAUGAUGAUUAUGACAAUGAAGAAGACACCCUGGGAUUGGAGGAUUUAGAGGAAGAUUCAAGUGAAAGCUCAGACGUUACUGAAGAUGAUUGGUUGCCAAAAAAGGAAUCAGGUCCUCUGUCACGUUUAUUCAUCUGCCCUCAGUGCUCGUUCGCUCACCGCCUAAAGAGAAAGGUCCAAGAGCACAUCCAGAGCGAGCACCAUGAGAAAGCUCCGAAAAAGCUGUCUGUGAAAAAAGCCAGAGCAAAGACUCAGCAGAAAAGUAAAGACUUGAAUGGCGAAAAAAAGACAGUAGAAGGCGACUCGGAGAAAAAAAGGAAACCCAAACAAAAAGACGGUGUAGAAAAAAAGCGGGAACGUAAGCAGAAGAAGGACAAUUUGGAAAACAAGCAGCGACGUAGGCGGAAAGAGCCCACGGGGGAAGACAAGAGGUUUCUGAGCAUGCGGCCGGUCAACAAAAACUUCACUGAGGAAGAAACCAAAUGCCAGAAGUGUGAAAAGAUUUUUGAACUUCCAAAUCAGCUGAAGGCCCAUAUGAAGCUCCACUUCUUCCCGUACAGCUGCAUGCAGUGUGAGAAAGGAUUCACCAGCCUGUCGGGGUAUUAUCAGCACCAGAGACUCCACAAGAAAGGACGGAUAUUCGCCUGCAGCCAGUGCAACAAGGGAUUCCUGUGCAACUACUCGCUCAAGCAACACGAACGCCUGCACGAAGGCCCGUCCAACCUGUGCACCAUCUGCGGGAAAAGCUUCAGCAAAUCAGGAAUCACAAGACACAUGCAGAUGCACAAAGGCGAGAAGAAUUACUUGUGCACCACAUGUGGGAAGUCGUUUUUGUCCUCCGGGGAGCUGCUGCUGCACAACCGGACUCACACGGGCGAGAUGCCGUACACCUGCACGCACUGCGGGAAGGGUUUCUCCUGCAAGAGUCACCUGAUAGUCCACACACGUUCUCACACGGGGGAGCGUCCGUACCUGUGCUCGGAGUGCCCAAAGCGUUUCCUCACACUGAACUGCCUCAAGAGACACACGCUCAGCCACAACGGGGUGAAACCUUUUAAGUGUCCGAACUGUGAGAGAGAAUUCUCCCAGCAGGGGAAUCUGAAGAGACACCUGGCAACUCACAAACCUGACACUUAAUGUGAAGCUGUUAGAAAGCAGAAUGUAGUUGUAAAUAAAAUAAUGCAUUGUCAUGUUUUUGAAACCUGUGUAA